CUUUGUUAUGUUGGCGACAAACCAAUGCAGCCAACCAGAUCGCAUUGCCCUUGUUUUAGUUCAUAAACUGUUUACCUCCAACCAAAGGAAAAGCAAAAACCGGCGUCCCACUUUAUUUUUGUAUUGCAUUUGUCCCACAAAUCUCUCUCUCUAAUGGCGACUUCCUUGAUUCGUUGUUAAAAUCAAAUUUGCGCAGGCAAAAGGAGUUUCAAACCGGAAUCCCGCUCCUCUAACAAAUAUUUCACGGAAAUAAUCUUUACUAAUUCUUAUUAUGCAUUAGCAAGUCAUUGUAAUCUGUCGAUGGCCAUGAUGCGGACGGAGCCUUCGUCUUCUACGGCUCCACAGUUCGAGAUUAAGGUCCAAUCGCGGAGCAGGGACAACGCGGUCUACCCGACCUCAUCGACGACGCCGUCGUCGAGGCUGGCCACCGUGACAGGAUCGUUUUGCGGCGGGGAGUUCAAGCGGUGGGCACCGUGGCUGGUGCCGGCCUUCGUGGUGGCCAACAUUGUCCUCUUCGUGGCCACCAUGUACGUCAACAAUUGUCCAAAGAACUCCACCUCAUGCGUCGCCAGGUUCUUGGGCAGAUUCUCCUUCCAGACCAUCAAGGAGAAUCCCCUUCUCGGGCCUUCUUCCUUCACGUUGGAGAAGAUGGGUGCUCUAGAAGUUGAAAAAGUAGUCCAUGGACACCAGGCAUGGCGUCUGAUCACUUGUAUAUGGCUACAUGCUGGAGUUCUCCAUAUACUCGCCAAUAUGUUGAGUCUUGUAUUCAUUGGAAUUCGGCUUGAACAAGAAUUUGGGUUUGUUCGAAUUGGGCUGCUUUAUGUCAUAUCUGGUUUUGGAGGAAGUUUGUUGUCAGCUCUUUUUAUCCAAUCGCAAAUCUCUGUUGGUGCCUCUGGUGCACUUUUUGGUUUACUAGGAGGCAUGCUUUCAGAGCUCAUUACAAAUUGGACAAUAUAUGCAAAUAAGUUAGCAGCAUUGUUGACUCUUCUAUUCAUCAUCCUAGUAAAUUUAGCUGUUGGAAUCCUACCACACGUGGACAAUUUUGCACAUAUUGGAGGAUUUCUUUCUGGCUUUCUUCUUGGCUUUGUGUUUCUGAUUCGUCCCCAGUUUGGAUGGGUUAGCCAGAGAAAUGUACCACCUGGAUAUAUUGCAACUCCUGUUAAAUCUAAAUACAAGAUGUAUCAGUAUGUACUGUGGGUUCUCUCUUUGACACUAUUGAUUGCUGGAUCUACUGCUGGGUUGAUUAUGCUCUUCCGAGGUGUUAAUCUGAAUUAUUACUGCUCCUGGUGUCAUUAUUUGAGCUGUGUCCCUACCACAAAAUGGAGCUGCGACACAGGGCAAGUGUAUUGUCAGUCGACCCAAAUUGGGAACCAGCUUAACUUGACAUGCCUAAGCAGUGGAAAAAGCAACAUGUAUAUUAUAGAUAACACUUCCCAGGUUCGGCAGCUAUGUGCUCAGCUUUGCAGUUGAUGAUAGAAGCUUUGCUUGAGCCCAUUCUCUUUACUAUCUCAGUUUACAUUUCUCGACCAUGAGUCUGUAGAUACUAGAUAACAUUAUUUUACAUGAGAAAAUGUUCAUGGCAUUUUUGCAA